AUGGGCGCGCUGGGCGCUGGGCAGCAGGGCGCGCUGGCGCGCUGGGCAGCGGGGCGCGCUGGCGCGCUGGGCAGCGGGGCGCACUUGCGCGCUGGGCAGCGGGGCGCGCUAGCGCGCUGGGCAGCGGGGCGCGCUGGCGCGCUGGGCAGCGGGGCGCGCUGGCGCGCUGGGCAGCAAGGCGCGCUGGCGCGCUGGGCAGCGGGGCGCACUGGCGCGCUGGGCAGCGGGGCGCGCUGGCGCGUCUGGCAGCAGGGCGCGCUUUUGCGAUGGGCAGCAGGGCGCGCUGGGCAGCGGGGCGCGCUGGCGCGCUGGGCAGCUGGGCCCGCUGGCGCACUGGGCAGCGGGGCGUGCUGGCGCGCUGGGCAGCGGGGCGCGCUGGCGCGCUGGGCAGCGGGGCGCGCUGGGCAGCGGGGCGCGUCUGGCAGCAGGGCGCGCUAG